UACAUGGUUUAUUUUGUUAGAAGAUGUUCUAUAUAUAGGUAACUUGUUAUAGAUACAGCAGCAGAUCCUCUCAUGGGAAUCUAUCUGCUAGGCCAAUUAUUGCCAUAUUUAAUAUGUAUAGGGAUACACUGUAGGCUUUGAGGUCAUUCCAGACAAUGUGAGAACCAUUAGCUGUUUGACUGUACUGCUAUAGUACUAUAAAGUAGGGCUGGGCAAUUAAUCGAAAAUUCAUCAAAGCUGACAUUCCAAACCUCUAAUCGAUGUAAUCUUGCCCAUGUCAGAUACUUUGUUUUUUUUUUUAUUUUAUUAAUACUUUAAAAAAAUCUGUCGAUACUUUCCUCAGUGAUUGUUCGUGUACUGUCCCCUUAAAAACGUACUUCCGUGUGUUUUGUCACGUGACUUGCCAACUGGUCAACUCAAGCAGCUUGUGCCAAAGAAAAAUGCUGCAUAACCCAUUUGCUUCUGGCUAGUUACCUGAGGCUAAUACUGCAUUCAGAGCAAACACGACGGCAAGAAGACGUUCAUUUCCUCUCAGUGACAGAUACAGACUCAUCGAAGUUUAUGAUAAACUGCCAAGAAUGAGCCAACGAGUUCACACCCUGGAAGGUGAAGAAGAGGAGGAAAAAAUCUUUAAAGAUGAAGCCAAUUGAUGAGGGGACAGAGACGGAGUAUGGGCUGCUGAAUUUGACCAUCUCUGGCUACGACAUGAACCUCGUUUCUAGAUACGCCCAGUACGCCCAUCACCUCUGCAACCGCCUCCAGGUUCACGUCAGCCGAAGUUAUGCUUUGCCAACAAAGACCACAGAGAUCUUGUUAACAAAGGACCAAAGCACCAAGAUGGUGGUGGACGCUGUCCUUAAGACCCACUUUCGUGUCAUUCAGAUCAAGGGCUUGAGUGCCACCAUUUGCCCUGUCUUUUUUGAAGUCCUGCUGAAAAACCAGCCAGAGGGAGUUGAUCUUUUGGUGAAGGAGCACACAGAGGCUGAUUUCAGGGCACGCUUCAAAUCUCGCCCGGAGAUGGAGGAGCUCCUGGCAAAGCUGAACGGCUGAAUGUCAUGUCCUGCUGCUCUAAGCUCGCACCCUGUAAUCUCACAUUUUCCUGGUCUGAAGCCUGCAAGUAAAUGCGUUUAAAAAAAACGUAUGUUAUUGGGAGUCUGUGU